AUGUUUAUGAAGAAAGCUGGCGACGGCGUCGCAAACUCGAUCGGUUCGCAGGAGGAAAACAACGAAGAAGUCGACUGUGAGGACCGCACAUCAACAAAACGCCAAAAGAAGCGUGGCAUCUUCCCCAAAGUGGCUACAAACACAAUGCGGGCUUGGCUGUUUCAACAUCUAUCGCAUCCAUAUCCCUCGGAGGAACAGAAAAAGCAGUUGGCUCAAGAUACCGGUCUGACGAUCCUCCAAGUGAACAACUGGUUCAUCAAUGCCAGGAGGAGGAUCGUACAGCCGAUGAUUGACCAAUCAAACCGUGCAGCUCCCCAUGUUUAUCCGCUGGACAACCCUGGUCCUUGUCUCGGAUAUAUGGAGAGUCCGCAAUAUGUCGCUUACAGCCGGGCCGCAGCUGCACAGGCCGCGGCUGCCGCAGCAGGUGAGUUAUAA